UGGGAAUCAAGUGAAUCAAAAGCCUAUAAUAAAACCUUUUAAUACAAGCAAGGACAUCUUAGCAUGAAAGACAAGACAAAAAUGCGCACCCAAAUUCGGUGCAGUGGUUUCUAUACAGUGCGCCAUGUCUUCAUAAGGGCACAGAGGAUGCCGGGAGGAGAAAACGAUGGAUUGGUAGAAAAACAUUCCUAAAUAAAGUACCUAAACACGUAGAAGAUGAAGUAAAAGACAGAAUACCUGCCCGAUGACAAAGCUGUGUUUUAACAAACUUGACGUCACAUAGAUGCCUGCUGUUAUCUUCAGCAUGCUGUGUCAUCUCCUCGUACUCCUCAUUGUGGCCGCCUCCGUUGUGUCAGUCGACACUACCUGUCAUGAACGGUUCGACCAGUGCCAUGACAGCCUCCUCAGCACCUCUAUCUAUACAUCCAAACCUAAUUUCGCAUGCAGAUCACUAGAGGAUUAUAUAGAAUGCCUGUUGAAUGUCAAAUGCGAAUUCACGCAAGACGAGAAGAUCGCACACGACACGAAAAUCGAAGUCGCUGAAAAACAGAUCGCUAAGGAAUGUGGUCGAUUAAACUGCCUACAUGCGCUGAAGAAAUGCGAUUUUUAUUUUAACUACGAUUCACGUAGUGGUAUAACAUGUUCAGGUCUCACGGAAUACCAGCGAUGUCUUUUAACCAUGGAGUGCCAGAUGACCACCGAUGAGAAUGUGGUACACGGACGCAGGCUCAGGUUCGUCAAGCAAGAGCUGAAGAUGCUAUGUGAUGUUAACGGCCAAUUGCCCAUGCUGAGGAAAGGUAUCACCAGCAACAUGAUCUGCUACCACGCUGAGAUUAAUUACGGAUGUUUUGACAACUAUUCCCCGUACAACAACGCGAGGGGUUCACUGCCUGAUCCACCGGAAUCGUUGAGACCUAAUGUCUUGUUUUAUACGAGAAAUACCUCGUUCAGCGUGCCGAUUGAAGUGGGCAACCAAAAGCUGAAAACAGUGACCAGCAGCCUAAAGGAUGAUCAAACGACAUUCUUCAUCACUCACGGAUUCGGCACUGCCAUAAACCCCAGUUGGAUGGAGGAAAUGAAGGACGAAUUACUUGCCGCGAAAGAAGCCCGGGUCAUUAUCAUCGACUGGUCCCAUGGCUCGGCCAUCCCCAACUACAUGCAAGCCGCGGCCAACCUGCGCCUGGUGGCCAAGAUGGCCAGCUUCCUGAUCCAGGACAUGGUCGAGUUGAAUCUCAAUUUGGCCAACGUCCAUUUGAUUGGUCACUCGCUUGGCGCCCACCUGAUGGGUGAGGUGGGGAAGGCUUUUAAGGGGCAGAUUGGCCGGAUCACAGGGCUAGACCCUGCUGCCCUCGGCUUCGAUAAACUCAACGCCACCGUACGACUGGAUCCGACGGAUGCUAAGUUUGUGGAUGUUAUCCACACCGAUAUGGCGAGGCUGAGUUCGAUAUCCCUGGGGUUGGGCGCGGUCCAGGCUAUGGGUCACGUUGACUUCUACCCCAAUGGUGGCAUGGAACAGCCUGGCUGCAACAAGAAUGUCUUGAACCAAUACCUCAAGGAGUUGAAGGAAGAAGAGUGCAACCACGCCCGUGCCAUCUGGUUGUUCAUAGACUCGAUCAACACGGCGCAUGCGUGUAUGGGCUACGGCUGUGUGGACUACACCGACUUCUUGAGCGGAAACUGUGGUUUUAACUGCUAUAAUAAGAACUGCAGUCACCUAGGGAUGUCGGCAAGCCCAGAAAAAGGACUUGGGAGGAUGUACCUUGCUACUAGUGCUGCCUCGCCAUACUGCGGCUGUUCCUCCUGGACUACCUGUAUAUCUACUAUGAUCGCCGAAAACGAACGAGCUAAUGCUACUAAUGAGAAUAUUUGCCAGCGUGUCACUGAUGUGUUCGCGUGUGUGGGUCAGAAGUGUCACAUGGACAACACUCUGAGGGCCGGGGUCGUGGACUUCUUUAACCGGCACGUACAGCAGGUGCCGGCAACAUGCGUUGAAAUGCAACUGGAGAAACUUGAAGAGGAGCAUAAAGAUAUUGGUAACUUGGGAGCUAACUAUGCAUCACUGCUAAAGGCGAGCGGGUUUACCAUCACAGCCGGCCUUGUAGCUGUGUACCUCAUGCUUUCUUCAAGGAGUGGAAUUUUAGUUUGAAGAGAGAUCACUCAAGAUUUUUUGUUUGAUUUUACAUUUUUAGUUACAUUGUGGUAAACGAAGUGAUCAAAUUUUUACUCUAUCCAAAUUAAAUUUCAUUCAGAGUCGUAAUAACACGCUCAUAAGCCAAAGGCUGAAUGGAGUUUUUGUCAAAACCAAGUUUAUUUUUAUUUAGUAGUAGUAUUUUUAGUACGUAGGCCAUUUUUUAAUUGGAUUUUUUUUUAUUUAAAAAAACUAUCAAUUCAGAUUAAAUAGCUAAUACAGCUAAUACUAUUUUAACAUUCACCAAUGUUAUUAUUGUCUAAUGGUAUCAUUUUUCUAGUCAACACUACUAUAUUCACAAUGUUUUUUUUCAAUAAUGCAAAAAUUUGGAUUGCGUUUACAGUUUAAUGAGCUUUCUUAACAAUGGUUUAUCCAAUAAUGCUAAAGUAUGCAUAAUGUUUACAGUAAACUGAUCGAUGGCAGCGAUCCUUAUCAUGUUUAAUGUUUAAGCUUAACUUUAAUAUGCAAAACAUGUCUAUUGAAAUGAUCCUAAUUGCAGAAAAGAAAG